GAUAAAAACACAUCAAUGUCACACAGCUGAGGAACAUAGCUGAUAGCCCAAUGAGAGGCUUGAGCAAGAAAAUCACAAUUGGUACAGAAACAUAGAUGUUGGCCUAAGAGUUGUGUGUGCAUAUACAACCAAAAACGCGUGAAGAGACGAAAGGACAAAUAAAGCAUAGAUUGUCACGAAUGUGGUAUUAAUAGAAUCAUAAGGGAAAUUUAGAAUUAUUAGACUCGUCCAGAUAUCAUUGUAUAUGAAUGAACAAAGUAGAUCGGUUCUAGAGAAUCUAACUAUCGUAUGACAAAGUGUAAGAAAACGGUAAUCCGAGUCUACCAUAGGCCUGAACUAGGCUUUUGCAAUUUUAUAUCUCAUGCUUUUCAUUAGAAGAAUGCUUAUUACAAUACAUAGUUUGCUAUUUCUAAUUCUACAGGGAUCUUUUCUUUAAAUCUUUAUUACUUAGACUGUAAAUGGUAACUAUGAAAUAGAAUUAGUAGAAUCAAAAUAGAUGGAAUGAGAUGAAAGGAAUUAGUUUAAAAAUGGAAUAUUUUUAUUCUAUCCAUUCAUAAUAAAAAUAGCAGAGAAAUGUUUAGAAAAUAUUUUUUGUAUAUUUUUUUGGAAUGUUUGUGGAAUUAAUAAAAUGAGUAUUCUAUUACAUUCAUAUCAAAUAGUGAAAAUAUAGAAUUAAUUAAAUAAAUUAUUUCGCACCAUUCCAUUAAAAAAAUCAACAACAUAGUUGCACCCAGAGUCGUGCCUCAACGAUAGAUUCUGAAACAUUGGCUACAUCAAAUUUUCUUGAAACAAUUAAGAGCAUAUUUUUCUAGUUUCAUCUAUUUAAGCCCAAUUAACAAAAAUAUAAAAGAAAUGCUUAAAGGUUAAAUUUUUUUUAUGAUUGUUACAAUAAAGAAGAAUUUACUACAUUAUAAAAUGAAUUAUGGUUUUCAUACUUAAGCAACUAAAAUAGUAUAUAAUCAUUUUAAUUAUCAAAAUACAAUACAAUAAAUAAAAAUCGGUUGUAUUAUAUAUAUUUUUUUAUUUGGGUAUAUUAUACUUGUUAAUGUAUAUCAUACAAAAUAUUAAAGUUCUACUUGUUUUAUUUAUUUUCAUAGAGCUGGUUAAAAUUUUCAAAUUUAAUAGUUUAUUCAACUUUUUUGUUUUGAAAAAAUAAAAACUAGUUUGUUUAGUAAUUUAGCUUUUAUUUGUUUCUACUAUAUGACCUGACUAUGAUAACAUUUAUCACUAAGUGUAGGAAUUUUAUUUUCGCUUAUGGCAGCUCAAAUUGUUGGCACGACAUAAGUCACGGUUUUUAAUUAUAGACAUAUUUUCAUAGAUGAUAAUAAGAGUUAUUGUUUUCUAUUAGAAUUAUCGAAAAUUUUCAAAUUUCUUUGUCAUAGAGCAUAUACCAAACUAAAAUAGAGUAUCUGCAAUUCUACAGGACCAACAUUUGGUAUUUACAAAAAUCGAUGGAAAAUCGUAAAUAAAUUUUUUAAAAGAAAUGUAUUCAUUUAGGGGGAAUUAAUUGUACAUGAUAUCAUGUGAUUAUUUUCAAUCAGAGGAAGUUUGGCUAUGCAUGACUCCAUGUAGUAGCAAAAUCUCUCAUUAAAAACCAUUUCCUUUCUCGUCGCCAAAACUCAAAUCGCUAUAACCAACUCCAUUUAGGAUUGUUAUUGUCAAUCUAUUUUGCCGGCCACUGUUACACUAACUAUAUUGUGUGGUAUUAUUUCGGUUGAUAUUAAACAAAAGGUUUACAUAAUAGUUCCUCGAAGGUAAAAAAAGUGCAAGCAGCAGCAGCGAUCACACACAGCUAUAGAAAAUUUAUACCAAAUAUUGAAGAAUAUUGCCAAAAAUGUAAAUAAAAAACAAUUGUAAAAAGUACACAUGCAUGUGUUAUGGUGUAUAUAGGUAGGAGAAUUGUGGGGGUCACAUGGAGUUCAGAGAAAGAGCAGAAGAGUGCCCACGUCGUCUGUGGUUUAGGUCCUCGGGCUCUGCGGAUACCAAACACCAUCAUGCAUGCCCAGCUCUAAUUUUUUUUUUUCGUUCUUUUUUGGUUUCUUUUUUUAUACAAAUUAGGGUUUUCUUUGUGUAUUUCACAUCCUCCUACGACCAUCAAAUAUAAUAUAUACCCGCAUCUCCCCCAGUAUAGUAUAUAAAAAAAUACAUACUUUAACAAUUUCUUUUGGAGCAUUUUCAACCUAUAAUACUAUUAUAAUAUCAAGAUUACACUAUUUUAGCGUAAUUUUAAUACUAAAAUUUUUUUCAUCUCAAAUUCAACUCCAAAACACUAUUUUAAUAUGAUUUUCACACUAAACCUCUCCAAUCUACACUAAAAAUUACAUCAUUUUAGUGUAACAAUAUAAUUUCACAGUAAAUUUUACGUAAACAUAUAGUGUCACACUAAAAUAAUGUAAUUUUCAAUAUUAGAAAGAAGAGAUUACAAUUAAAAUAGUGUGGAAAUCAUACUAAAAUAGUAUUUUAAAAUUAGGUUGGAUUUGACUUUACAUCAUUUUUCACACAUCAUUUAUAUAUUAUUAGCCCUUCUUUAUUUCUUUCUUUCAUGCUCCCUUUAUAUGGUUUCCUUUUACACAUAUUUUAUGAAUGUAUUAUUCAAGUUAUCUAUCUUAUAUUAUUGACAUUUUUGACAGGUAUUGUCAUCAUAUUUCUCUCCACUCUCUGCCCAUCCACUUGCCUCAUUUCUAAUAAAUUUAAUUUUAUUAUUUCUCAAGUCACCCAUGAGUCCUUUUUCUAUAACAUGCAUAUGUAACUAAUAAGCAACUAUGGUACUUCAUAUUCCUACAUUUUUCUUACAACGUAAAAAGAUGGACGUACAUCUAUGUUACACAUAAUUAGUACUAACAAAACCAUCGAUCAGUCGCAGUAAAACCAAAAUAAAACAUUUAGUGUAAUUAAAUUAUCAUCCAUUUUGAUAACCUCAAAUGCUUGCUUAAGAUAUUAGAAUUUUGCAAGUGAAAAGUAUACAAAAUAAUAAAUAUAUAUUUUGAGAGUAGUAGUAGUAGUACGAUAUAUUAGUAAAUUUGUUUGCCUUCUAUAUAUGACCAUAAUAUUUUCACAUACAAAAAUCUCAGUUAAACAUAUAUUAAAUAAACACGAACGAGUCGAAAAUUCACUGGCCACGAUAUUCACGAAUUCUUUAGUUAGGGCUGAUACACAUGAUUAAUUUAUGAUGCUAUUUUCGUAAGACUUUAGUGAAAAGAUAAAGUUGUACUGUUAAAAUAUUUUAGGAAAUGAGUGAUUUUUAUAAGAAAAACAAAAAGAGAAUGCAAUGAGUGAUCGUUUUUCUGUAAAAAUCGACUGUUGUAAGUAAAAAUUAAAUUAGUUAACGAUCACUACACAUCUAAUAGAACAUGUUUUUCAUCAUUCACUCAUAAAUUUCUGCAUGUGUGUAACAUUUUUAUUAAUUUUUGAGAAAUUGAGAAAUUGAGAAAAUAUUAUAGAAGAUUGAUGUGGAUGGCCUCUACUUAAAAUUAUAAGAAUACUGUGGAAGGCCUCUACUGGAUGCAAAAUAAAGUAACUGAUUGUUAUCGAUAUGUUAAAUGGACAUGCUUGGAUUAUAAUGGUCUAAACUCUAAAGACUUAUUAUCUAAGCAUAAAAGGUUUGAGCCAAAAAACCAUAUAUAAUGAAGAAUUGUUUUUGUAAGAACACGUCCGUAAACAGUUUUCGUUAUUAGGAAUAAUUAAAAGAAAAAAAGACUAAACUAGAAGAGAAAGUUGACCCCAAAUUUUUUUGGAAGAGAUCAUUACAAUAUAAUUAGAGCUAUAGAAUAACCCAAAAUCCCAUUAAAAGAAGCAACCCAUUAGGGCUAAAAAUAAACUUUUCAAGUAUAUCAAUAAUUUAAUUUCUUUGAAAACAAAUUAAUAAGGCUGUCAAUUCUUUGUCACCGGAACAUGGUCUGAAAAAGCGAUUAGCUGGACCGAUCACAACCCAAUUCAUCCAUUUUCCUCGCGUAGGCAUACCUUUCGUCCAUUUAAAGUCAAUAAAAUCCAAAUAAAUUAAAUCUUUUACAGGGAUAAUCAAUAUAUUGUUAAAUCAGUUUGAGUAAGAAGAAGAAAAAGUGUAGUCCUAAAAUUAUAUAUACAUGACGUAUCUAUAUUUUUUAUCUCUACGUACAUGAAAUAAUCCAUAAUUUCAGAUUUUUAUAAUAUUUAAAGCUGGCAGACAGAGAGACCAUCACACUCCUCUCUUUCUUACAUUCCCACAACCUCCCAAACAAAGAGAAUUAGUGGAAAGUAUGAUUUGCAGAGGAAUCAUUCUCUUCCUCGUCCUCUCUCACUCACAACCCUACACACAUAUCAUAUAAUUUUAAAAGUACCAUAUAUAAAAUAUUUGUAAUAGAAAAACAAAGAAAUAACUAAAUAAACAAAACCCUUAUCUUCUUCAUGAGAAUCAUUUCCUCUCCACAAAACCAUGCCUUCUUAAAGCUCUCUUCAGUAACCCAUCCAUAUAUGGCCUCAUGCUGAGAUCAUAUGACCGAUUUGUUUCCUCUUGAACCCUCUCCGCUUUACGGCGUUUGCAGCAACGGCGGAGGCGGCUUCUUGGAGGCGGUGAUGAUGAGAGAAGCAACAAUAAACAAUCAAGAUUCUAGUGGAGAAGCAUGUUCCGUAUCCGAUCCAAUAGCAGCUUCUAAUGAAUAUUAUUAUAAUCCGGCCAACGAAGACGACGGAUCCGCCUCCAAGAACGACGUCGUUGCUUCUACUAACCUAGAAGACGGUAACAGAGACAAAUCUUGGCUCCGCUUAGGUGUAGGCCCUGAGAAAAACAACAACGGGACAUCAUCAUAUAAGCUCCAACGUUGUUGUAGCAAAAACGCAAGUGGAAGAGAAAAUUCGUUAGACCUCACUUUGUUUACCUCAUCCUCAACCGCGGCAGGAGCGGUUAGAAGUAAAGUAGAUCACCCGCAGCCGCAGCCGCCAUAUUCUCAUGAUGAGUUGCUCACGAUGCGUGGAGCGUCUUUGGUUUACAAUCACCAGUUAUUCCGGCCUCAAACGUUACUAAACCGCGGCUAUUCGUUUCCAUUUUCAAAACCAUGGAUACCUCAAUAUACGGCGCCAUUUAGACCUUCAUCAAUAGGAAUGAUGAGUGAGCGUAACGUUACUAUCAGUAAUAGCUUUACAAGGAGUUGGUGCGAGGAGGAGGGAGGAGCUGGACCAAGCUCGGAGUUUAGGGUUAUUGAUCCUCCAAAAAGACCACAUUCUGGUCUUUGGUUUCUUCUCCAAGCUUCGCAAUUUCAGGAAAAGGAACCGUUCUUACCUCAAGUAAACAAAAGCUACUUGAGAAUCAAAGAUGGGAGAAUCACGGUUAGAUUGCUAAUUAAGUACCUUAUGAAGAAGCUUCAGUUGGAUAGCGAGUCUGAGAUAGAAAUAAGAUGCAGAGGGCAACAAUUAUCGCCGUUGUUGACGAUGCAGCAUGUAAGAGAUACCAUAUGGAAUCCAAAAUCAUCAUUACCAUCAUCAUCUCCUUCUUUCACUUUGCUUCGGGAUUCAUCAACUAGUGAUCAUGUCAUGAUUUUGCAUUAUGGUAGGACUGCUUAAUGAUAAAUUUAUUUAAUAUUUUUUGCUUUCCGUGUAAUAUUUUUUGAUCAUUGUGUAUUUAUCAAGUUCUAAAUGUUCCUCUCUCUUUUUUUGUGGGGUUUUGAUAGUAUUUGAUAGUUCUCUUUUUAAAAAAAAAUCAAUGGAAAGUGAUAGAUGUUAAACGGUUUGUAAAUUAGUUGACAACAAAUAAAAGAAACAUUUAUCUA